UAUAGAUCCAUCGCGAGGGAACCCGGACACCGCGCCUCCCCUCGCACAGCUCGUUUAUCUGCAUGUCGUGAUUAGCUAGAAAGUUUGUUUACAUCGGUGACAUCUUUUACUGUUUUUUUUUUUUUUCACAGGAAAAACUGGAUUGCAUUAGAGAAAAAGACCUUAACCUUAAAAACUACACACGCGUAAAGCGCAUUUUUAACUCAUUGUUCUUGGCAGUGCGCACACGCUGUCCAACAAGUGCGUGCUCGAAGCUCAACUGCUGUGUCUUAAGAAACUGAAACUGAAGAGAAAAUCAUAUGGAGAUCAGUGCCUAACGACCUGGAGAUCGAAUCGAUCCACGCAACCUCGUCAAACACGCACAUACUUUGUCGCAUUGAUAAAAAUGCGCGUUUGUUUGAUGCGCGUCGUGUGAACUGGUGGAUUAUUUGGAUCUGCUAGUUUCCCCGCCGAUGGAGCCGCCGUAAUUCGUUGUCUUGGUCAUUUUUACAUCAAACUAAAGAGCGGGGGUUUUGCUUAUAUGGUGAAGAUUCAAACCCAAAAGCCUUACAUCUAGACCACCAGUGACCUGUGAAGACUUGUAAAUCCCUAUACCUGGUUUCUUGGAGAGGGCUGCGCAAUUGCGCACGCUGCGAGAGUACUAUAGGACCUUUCCAUGGAAUCAACUCCACGCUUAAUCUCCAGUGAGGGUUUCGGUCCGAUCUGAUGCGGGGUAAAAAGUUGCCGUCCGGACAGUAAAUCACAUAUAUGAGGAUCAAUACACACGUGCUGGUCAACAUAAAUUGCAAAAAUGCCUAUGCAUCCGGUGACUUCCACUUUGAUGUACCGGGGGAUCUGCACCAUUCCUGAUAUCCUAUCGUACCGGGCACCGGUCAACCUGCCUGAGGAUGAAGUGGAAGAAAUCCGGGAGGCGUUUAAGGUGUUUGAUCGAGAUGGGAAUGGCUUCAUCUCAAAGCAGGAGCUCGGCAUGGCCAUGCGUUCUCUAGGGUACAUGCCCAAUGAGGUCGAGCUGGAGGUCAUCAUUCAAAGACUCGACAUGGAUGGAGACGGCCAGGUGGAUUUUGAGGAAUUUGUUACUCUCCUGGGGCCCAAACUCUCGGCUGCCGGGAUGCCUGACAAGUUCAACGGAACCAAUUUUGACUCUGUGUUCUGGAAGUGUGACAUGCAGAAGCUGACUGUGGAAGAGCUGAAGAGACUCUUAUAUGACACCUUCUGUGACCACUUGACUAUGAAGGACAUUGAGAAUAUCAUCAUGACAGAGGAGAAUCACAUCGAAAAUCCUGAGGACUGCCAGGUUGACAUUGACACGGAGAGCCCGACCCAGCAGGUGAAGCAAACAUGCGUACGGAAGAGUCUGAUCUGCGCCUUUGCGAUCGCUUUCAUCAUCAGCGUCAUGCUUAUCGCAGCCAAUCAGGUGCUUCGCAGUGGCAUGAAGUAACUGAAUGGAUAGAUUCAUUUCAACAAAUAACAGUGACAAAAAUGGCUUAAAAAAAAACAAAAAAAACAUGCACACAUAAACUGGAGCAGCUGAAAAGUUAAUUUUAUUUAUGUGAAAUCCAAAUGUUGUGACUGAAAUAUUUUUGAGAUGAGCUACAGCUUCCACAGGACAGAAUUUUUCAUAUUUGACAAACGUAAUGCACACAGAUAUAUAUAAACGCAAACAUACUGUGUCUUACCCAAAAAGGUCUGAUAAAAAAAAAUACAUGAAAAGAGAGAAAGAAGAAGUUUCUACUGUAAUGGACUCUAAAAAGUUUCCCCUUCAACCGCUCUCUCUCCCUCUUCAGUAUGUUUUGGGUGAGUUUAGCCGCAUGGACAUCGCCAAACCGAGGAUCCUACUCUUCAAUGCAUGACGAUGCAUGGAUUUACAAUAGCUUGGAUGUACCAGUAGAGCUCAGCUGUACAUCCAUUCAACUAUAUAUUAGAUCCCAAAACAAAUUUUCCGAAGAAAGACCCGUCUCACACGUUUGAAGAGUUGGAUAUGCAGCGGAGGCCGUUUCUGACAUCUUUUACAUUCAGUAUACUGAUCCCUUGCAUGAGAAUAAGGGCUGUUUAGGGCAUGCUCAUGUCAUGCAACGUUAGUCUUGUGUUUGUCCAGUAACUAUUGUUGGUUUUUACCUGUUGCACAUGCCUGAGAUGAUUGUAGUAGUACUCCAUAUGGCCAAAGGGGGCGUGAAACAACCCAAAAGUGAUGCUAUACCACUAGUGACAAACCUGUACAGUAUUAAAGGAACAGAUCACCAUCAGGCCAUUCAAGAAGUAGAUUAAUUUAGCAUUAUAUCACUCGGUCACCAAUGAAUCCUCAGUGGUGAAUGGGAGUCCAAACAGCUGAUAAAAACAUCACAAAACUCCACGCAGCUCUAGUUCAUCAAUUAACGUCUUGUGAAGCGAAAUCUGCGUUUGUAAGAAACAUAUCCAUGAGGAUUUUUUUAACUUUAAACCAUUGCCUCUGGCUGACAUACAACUCCUAAAUCCGUAAUAUUACUUUAAAAAAAAGUUGUCUAUUCUGAAUCAGGAGAGAAAUAUGCACAGAGCAAGCACUGUUUAUAAAUAAAAACAGUCCAAAAACAAACAUGUUGGUGGAUUUUAAUGUGAUGUGAGGACUUUUUUCUUGGACAAAGCAAUAUUAUGGAUUAUGAACUAUUCUGAAGUGACAGUUUUAAAGUUAAAAUGCCUUAAUUAUGAGUUUGUUUCCUACAAACAUGCAGCUUUUCACUUCACAAGAUGUUAAUUAAUGGACUGGAGUGGUGUGGAUUAUUUGUGGAUUAUUGUGAUGUUUUUAAUCAGCUGUUUGGACUUUCAUUCCGACGGCACCCAUUCACUGCAGAGGAUCUACUUGUGAGCAUGUGAUGCAAUGCUAAAUUUCUCCAAAUCUGUUCUGAAACUCCUCAACCUGAGGGUAGUUGUCAGCAAAUUUCAUUUUUGGGUGAACUAUUCCUUUCAGUGUUUUACAGUAUGUUGAUCAAAACGACUUCUUUUCACCUGAAAUACACUAUGCAUUUUCAGGCUUACUGUUUGGUCGAUCAACAACACUCAUCGGUGCAAAUGUAACUGUUACAUUUUGCCAACAUUUGCACUGUAGUUAUCACACUUGAUAAUUAGGAGCUUUUGAAUUUAAAUGACACGACUGGCAUGAAAUGAUACCAAAUGAUUACGUAAAGUCACAUAUAUUUGAUUUCUGACAUAUCAGGAUUUAAUGGUUGUUUUCGAACCAAAUUGAUGUCCAUUUAAGCUUAUCGCCAAACCUGGACGAUCAUGAUGUUUUUAUUCGUUUGCGAUGUAAGAAAUAUGUGUAUUAAUAUAACCUGAGAGCAAACACUGUGGUAUGUCAGUGUUUCACUUCUGUUUCAAAAUAUAUCGUUCAUAUGUCCAAUAUGAAUGUGCCGUUUGUGACAUCGUUCCGUGUUUUCCUGGGAAACAGUAGUUUGUGUGCAGGUCGACUUGAUGAUAGCAAAACGGAGUAUCUAAGGUGUGAAUAAUGUUUCAAAUAUGAAUGUCAGGGUUUGAAUAUGUAUCAGCUGUAAGUGUGUCAUUCUGUUGAAGGGCAUUUUCCAGGGUAUAACAUUAGUUUUCAACUCUGCCCAGGGCCUGAAUUGAUUUAGCUGUUAGUUACAGCACCAUGAAACUCUUAUAUUUGGAUGUCCAGGUAUAAAUGAAAUAUGCAAUGGAUGGAAACACCCGUCUCAGCGCACACACGAGCACUACGAUCGAGUGAUAGUCCAAGAGGAGUCACAGGACAACAAUGUACAGGUUUCCCCCAUUAUUCAGGCACGAUUCCGUAUUCAUUAUUAGAAAUGGGAAAGCUAAUAAUGUUCCUGAGCCGCAAGCAAAAUAUUAUCGCUUUAAAUAGCAAAUUAUCUUGAACCAGAGAAUAGCCUAUUAUUCAAAACUCAUCCAGAAUAGCAAAACCUGAUAAGGGAGUUCUCAUUAUAUCAUUACCGGAUUGGCUGGUAACCCCGUCUGCCCCAGAGUUUUAUUUGUGCUUGGUAAAUCAGAUCCAACAGAAUUAAUUAUUCACAAUAGCUGCUUAUUAAAAAAAAGAAAUACAAGAAAAGCAGAGUAGUGUUGAAUGCUUAAUUUGAAGUGGCUAGAAUCUAUUUCUGCUGGCUAACCUAUUAUAAUAACAUGUAUUAGAUUUAUCUUAAUAAUAAUUUAAUUUAUAUAUAUAUAUAUAUAUAUAAACUAAAUAUAAAAUAUAUAUUGUGUAUAUAUAUAUAAAAUAAAACCAGUUAAAAUUUUUGACCAUUAAUUGUUACGUUAUUCAUGUUACCAGUUAAUUUAAUGUUUAAAAUUAAUUACAUUAUUAAACAAAAUUUUUGACAAUAGCUAAAAUCAAUUAAUUUUAGGUUUGAAGUUAUGUAAUUCAUUAUUAGAAUUUGCAUUAUUAAAUUGCAUUAUUAGAAUUUGCAUUAUUAAAUUGCAUUAACCAGUUAUUGUAAGGUUUAAAAUAAUUAAAUUUAUUAUUAAACUAAAUUCUACAAUUAGUAGGGCCGUUAAUCGUGAUUAAUCGCAUACAAAAUAAAAGUUUGAGUUUGCCUAAUAAAUGUGUGUGUACUGUGUGCAAUUAUUCAUUAUAUAUAAAUACACACAAAUUAUUGUAUAUAUUUAGGAGAAAUAUGUUAUGUACAAAAUAGUUUUAUUUAUAUCUAAAAUAAAUGAUUUAAAUAAUUAUAAUAAAUGCAUAUACCUGUAAAUAUUUCUUAAAUAUAUACAUGAAUGUGUUUGUAUUUAUAUAUACAUAAUAAUUACACACAGUACACACACAUAUAUUUGGCAUAUUUUAUUUUGUAUGCGAUUAAUCGUUUGACAGCCGUAAUAAUUAGUGCUGGGCAAUGAUUAAUCGUGAUUAACUGCAUCCAAAAUAAACGUUUUUGUUUAUAAUAUAUGUUUGUGUACUGUUAUUUAUUAUGUAUAUAUAAAGACACAUACACAGUAUAUAUUUUGAAAAUAUUAACAUGUAUUUACAUGUAUAUAUUUAUAUUCAUAUAAUUUAUAUGAUAUAUUAAUAUAUUUAAUAUAUAAACUUAACUUUUUUCUUAAAUAUACACAUGCAUGUGUGUGUAUUUAUAUGUACAUAAUAAAUAUACACAGUACACACACAUAUUAUGUACUUUAAUUAUGGAUGUGAUUAAUCGGGAUUAAUCGUCAGCCAGCACUAAUAUAUCUAUAUGUUAAACAUAAAUAAAAUUAGUCAAUUUAAGGUUUAAAAUUUUUUAAUUUAAUAUUAAAUUAAACUAUUUUCAACUUGAAUUAAACCAGCUAAUUGAAGGCUUUGCCACAUAAAGCAAUUUUCAGGUUCCCUGACAAAGCAAUUUUUGCUGUGAAGCAAAGACUUAUUUACUUAUCUGACAAAUGACCCAAGACAAAUUAAAUGCAAACCAAUGCCUUGUUGAUGUUGCCUUGUUUAAUGCCGUCAGGACAUAUAUUUUGAUUAAAACCUUCUUCAUCCUAAGCUUUAUUAUGCUUGUUACUGGGGGACACCUGUAUAUGAAUCUUAUGUUCCAUUUUUAAUUGGAACUUAAAUGAAACAUUCAAAAUAUAUAUUUCAUUAUAACGUACAUUCAAUUUAAAGCAUAUAUUAUAUAUGAGUAUUUCAUGUCUACUUGGCAUCAUGAGAAAGGGUAUCUGAAAAAAAAAACAUACAUUUUUUAUAAGGUUUGUUAUUUGCGUCAUCUUGGCUGAGGAGGAUAUAUUUAAGCAAUACAUGAAAGCGAAUAGGAAAUGUGGGUUGAGAAAUGCUAAGUACAUACAUAUAGCUGUGGAUUUUAAUGAGAAUGUUGGUUUGUACAAAAGAGGUUGGUUCUCUUCUCUCAUUAAUCAGACCAGUAGUUUAUUAUCUGUAGAGCACUUUAGUAUCCAAGAUUUUUAGUAAUUUCACAUUGAAGUCAUUUUUUAUUAUAGCCAGAUUUUUUUGUAUUACAUAAAUUAUCAAGAUGUUUAUGUUUGUAAGAUUAAACCGAUACAUGUAGAGCUUCAUUAUUUUUGUUAAAAAGAUGGCAAUAUAUGACAUAUAUGGCUUUAUUCGAGACGUGAGCCACAUUUCUGUGUAUUUCUAAAGAGAUGCGCAAAAAAUUCAGCUCACAUUAUUUUAUGUAAACAAGUAUUUGGCCGUGCUUUGGCCCGUUUCCAUACUUGAGACGUCGAGCGUGUUGAAUGUUGUCCUGUGACAUUUCUUACUUUGCCUUAUGCUGUUUUUUUAAUGCUCAUAAAGAAUAUUGUUUACAGUGAUGACAUUUCUAUGAUAUUCCUAUCAGGUCUGAAUAUACUUCUGUUGGGAUGAACUAUUUUUGAAUGUGGAUAAUCAAUGUGCCAUGCAUAUGUUUAUUAGUGUGACUUACGCUCUCCGAGGAGGGUCGAUGUAACCUUAUUCAUUCAUUUCACCUUGUGAAGUGUGUUUACGGAGUGCACAAAAUGUAUGUAUCCACCUGUGACAUUGUACUGUAUUCCAAAUGAAUAAAGAUAAUACCAAACUA